AGAUUCAGAUUAAAAUGGAAAACGAAUAGUUGUUAAACGCAUUAGCAUAUGAAGCGUCGAUCUAGUAGAAUUAGCUGUACUCGUUGGAGAUGAAAAAAAAAAAAAGAAAAAAAAUCGAGGUAAGAUAACAGUGAAGUGGAAGAACUUAAUCGAAUUAAUUAUGGGGGCGUUGAAUGGAAGUGGAUGGCAAUUAAGUCGGAUAUAAGUCGUAAGAAAAACGAUUUGGAGAAGUAAUCUCAUCGUAGAGGCCGAGGAAAGAGUCAUCGAGAGAAACCGCUUGACUCAUCAAAAUAAAACGUUGAUCCAUGUUGUAAGACCAGUGCCGUUGCUUGUGUAUAUACAUACUCGUAUACGUAUAACCAUAUAAAAGUGUCAUCGUGCCAUUCGCCGAGGAUAGUUGGACUCGAAGCUUCGAACGAACAUGAUCGAGAUAAUUAUAUUGUUUCUUGGGAUUUACGGAACGUUCGCCGUUCCGUACGAGCCGCUCACGGAUCGUGAAUUCCGCACGCUAGGUAAUGACGCGGACGAUGACACCGAAGUCGUCGAGGUUCGUCUUCCAGGUUCGAGAAAUUUAAAUGAAAAAGCUUUACCAAUAUCUCAUCUUUAUGACGUCGAAACCGAUAGCUUACCAGGCAAUCAAAAUUUAGAAGAAAAAUCUCAGAUACGCAUGAUUCUACCUGGUACUGAAAAUCUUGCGGAAAAAAGUAUACCCGAUUAUGUACUUAAAAGGAUGGCCAAUCCAAAAAAUCAUCGUAUCUCUAGUCAUCCUGAUUUCGAGGAAAUACCUAUCCAGUGAAAGGAAGGAACAAUGAUCGUUGUUAAUUAAUUACACAAAAUUAAAUCAAUCAGGAUUUCAUAGAUUUUUAAAUAUUCGUUUAUUACAAAUGCGACGUCAAUUGGGGACAAGGCAUUUGAAGAAAUUUAUAAUACGCGGAAAGAGACAGAGAGAGUGAGAGGGAAGGAGAGAAUAUUUAGCAAAUGAUUUUAGCGCUGUGUAUCCUGUAUCAUACGAUCAUUCGUAUUUUUAUUACAAUAUUUAAUGAAGUUAUGUUUUAUCUUU